CUUUGGAGCGACUUUGAAAUGAGCGCGUGAUUUGGUGCUCAGUAAGAUGGAAGCUAGUUUUCGAGGUAAAAGAGCUUUAGUAACAGGUGCCGGCCGAGGCAUUGGCCGAGCUGUUGCUAUUGAACUUUCGAAACGCGGAGCUGAUGUUAUUGCUCUUAGUCGAACCAAGGUUCAUUUAGAUGAACUGAAAAAUGAGGCUCCUCAAAUUGAAAUUGUUUGUGCCGAUAUUAAAAACUGGAGAGAAACUGAAAAUGUCAUUAAAAGUUUAGGACCUGUAGACCUCUUAGUUAAUAAUGCUGGUGUUGCUUCUUUACAAGAUGUGGGAUGUGUCACAGAAGAAGAAUUUGAUAGGUGUUUUUCGGUGAAUGUGAAAGCUGUUAUAAAUAUUUCUCAAGUGGUUGCAAAUAGUCUGAAGGAGAGAGGUGCAAGUGGUUCCAUAGUUAAUAUUUCUAGUCAAGCUGCACUGGUAGCUAUACCAAAACAUGCUACUUACUGUGCAUCUAAAGGAGCAUUAGAUCAAUUGACAAAAGUUAUGGCUUUAGAACUGGGUCCAUUUCAAAUCAGAGUCAAUAGUGUAAAUCCGACAGUUGUUUUGACAGAAAUGGGAGAGAAAGCAUGGGGAGAUCCUAAAGUUGGAGAUCCUAUGAAAGCUAAAAUUCCUUUAGGAAAAUUUUGUGAGCCCCAGGAUGUUGUCAAAGCAGUUGUAUUCCUUCUAAGUGAUGAUUCCCGCAUGAUUACUGGAGCUCAAUUACCUGUAGAUGGAGGUUACACUAUUCAGUAACAAAUAUAUUUUUGUGAUAUAUUGAUUGUUUUAAAUAUGUAUUUGUCUAUUAUUAGUAUUAAAAUUUUUAUUUUUAUAUGAAAUUUUAUCUGAAAGUGCUUUGAUAUGAAAAAUUAUUUUUUUAUUCAUUUCUUUGAGCUGUUUUUCUCAAAAUUUCUUUUAGUUGUAAUUUAAUAGAUUUAUAUGUGAUUCAAUUCCUUGUAAAGAUUGUCUAAUUGCAUAAAGAAUAUUUUAGUUA